UUUGUUUUCCCGCGAGACAAGGAACUUGUGUGGUGGGGUUUGUUGACGUCCAUACUCCAUAGCUCGAGACGGAAACAUCAGCAUGAUAAGAGAUGUUCUCGAAUAAUAAUUAAUAGAAGUGUGCGACAGCAAUGUCGUCAGCUCUCUCUUUUAUACAUGCUUUUAGCGUAACGUAUUUGUCAUCUAUAUGAUAACCGGAUAUAGCGACAUAAUCGAAUAGAGCAGAGCAUUGCCUGUCCACCAUGGCAGCCCAAACCCCUUUACAGAGCGCCUUAAGGGAGUUCUGUCCCCUGUACUACCUGCUCAAUGCAAUACCUGCCAAGGUCCAGAAAGGCUUCCGCUCCGUAGUGGUCUACCUGACUGCUCUGGACACCAACAGCGAUUACAUUGCUGUGGGGAGCAGUAUUGGAAUGCUCUACCUGUACUGCAGGCGAGUCAGCCUGAUGAACAAGUACAACAUAGAGGGGAAAUCUGACGCUAUCACAACAGUGAAGCUGCUCAGUUGUUUUGAUGACUUGGUGGCAGUGGGCACAGCAUCUGGUCGGGUUGCUGUCUUUCAACUGGUGUCUCAACUUCCAGGCAGGAAUAAACAGCUAAGGCGAUUCGAUGUGGUCGGUUUGCAUAAAAGCACAGUCACUGCCUUGGCCUGGAGUGCCAAUGGAAUGAAGCUUUUCUCUGGUGAUGACAAAGGAAAGGUUGUGUACUCUGCUGUGGACCUGGAUCAGGGUGUGUGUAACCCAGUGCUGCUGUUUGAGGAGACCUCAGCCAUAGUCCAGCUGGAGUACAGUCAGAAAGUCCUACUCAUCUCCUCUCAUCAGAGAUCCUUGCUCUUCAACACCCAGGAGCAGGCCCUGCAGCAGCUGGGCACCAAGCCUAGGAAGAGCAAUGGGAAGUUUGGUGCAUGCUUCCAGCCAGGCCUGUGUAAGCAGAGUGACCUGCUGGUCUAUGCAGCGAGACCUGGCCUUCGGUUGUGGCGGACGGACGUGCGAGGACUGGUGGAGGACACACGGGUCCUGAAGCCUCUGUUCAACCAGCAGGUGCCCCAGUUUGAGCUGUUCCCCAGAUCGGCCCCCACGGGGGGCUACCGACCCCAGGAGAGGCAGCUGGGCCUGGUGAGCUGCUUCCUCAGAGAGGGCUGGGUCCUCAGCUGGAAUGAAUACAGUGUCUACGUGUUGGACUGCCUCAACCAGGUGAUCAUCGGUGCGCUGGAAAGCUGCGGGGACAUUGUCUCUGUAUCAUGCACUGAAAAUGAGAUCUUCAUCUUGAAAGGAGAUCGAGACAUCGUUCGCAUCUCCAAUACUCCCGAGGGCCUGGCUUCCAACAUUUCUGAGUUGUCCUUCCGUCUGACCUCUCCCCUGACCACUCCCACCAUCCUGCUCCCCCCCACCGGCUCCGUGGAGACAGCCCAGCCUAUCAGGACCAUUGCCAUCAUCACAGAGCAGGGGGAGAGGGAGAGGCUGGUGGAUGAGGAGGAGGUGGAAGAGGUGGAAGAGGUGCUAGAGCAGGACCAGCUGAGUGACAACCCCGAGGCGGGGGAGGCCGGAGCCCUGGUGGAGAGGCCUGAAGUGGGGGAGCGACUGGGCCACCAGAGAGGGAGCAGUGUGGGGGGCACCAGUGAGUCUCGUAGCCGCAGCAGCUCCAUCACGUCCUGGGAUAGCGUUCAGGGCACGAUGCUCUCCACCACCACGGAGCAAUCGGACCUCUCCUCCAGCCGCUAUAGUGCCAUAAAUCAGGAGGACUUCCAGCAGGAGCUGGUGGUCAAGGCCAUCAAAGUCAAGAAGAAGGCCAAGAGGAGGAGACAAGAAAGUGGAAACCGCAUAUGUGAGCAGCACAACAGCUGGUCUGAGAGCAUUUGCAGUCAGGAUGGAGGAGGGGGCAGCGACGGGGGUGCCAGCACCCCUAUGAGUGAGCCCCCAUCCGCCUCCGACCACACCAGUCUCCUGUGCAGCAGUCUGGACCUACAGAGCAGGAGCAGUGGAUCCCCAGACCAGGAGGGAUCCAUCAGUGGAGGUUCCCCAGAACUAAAUACCUCUGGAGCUCAGAGCCAGGGUGGUGGCCAGGGACAGGACCCUCUGAUUCAGACUCAACCCCCUGGGACUCAGCCUCCCUCCUGCCCCGCGUCUCUGCCCUUCCAGGACAUGGAGUGUCAGUCCUACCCAGAGAACGGCAACGGCCCCUCGGCCACAAACAAACAGGGAGAGGCCCCUACCCCAGACGUAGACCUUCUACUGGAGUGCACCUUUGCCUACAUGCAGACCUCAGAGGACCAGGACCCCAUUGAGGAGCAGGAGGAUGACUUCCUGAGCCCCCUCAUUGGGCCGGAUGACUCUGAAGACCAGGACGACCCCCAACACCAGCACCGUCUGCUGGAUCUGGAACCUCCUAGUUGUGCUGAUCAGAUGUGUUAUUCCCUGGAGCCUGAGCAAUGCCCCUCCAGUGACGAGGAGGACAUCUACGCUGCCCAGGGAGUCCCGUACUCAGCCUCCAGCGUCAGCCUUGGAGACGGCCUCAACUCCCUCAACCUCCAGGGCUCCAACAUCGGCCAGCAGGACCAAGACAAGACCUUGGCAGAGAGCUGGAUGGGCUACACAGGGCCAGGCUGUGGCAUCCUGAACCUGGUGGUGACUGACCGAUACAUCUGGUGCCUGGACUUUAAAGGAGGCCUGUACUGCAGUGCCCUUCCAGAUGGGGGGCUGAGCUGGCAGAAGUUUGAGGAGAACGUGCAGCAGGUGGCACUGUCACCUUCAGGGUCCCUGCUAUGGAAGGUGGAACAGAAGACCAUGACAGCGUAUGCAUGUGGUAAGGUCACCAUCAAAGGCAAGAGGCACUGGUACAAAGCCCUGGAGGAUUCUGCCUUUGUGGCGCUUAGUGAAGACACAGCCUGGAUCAUCCGUGCUAGCGGAGACCUUUACCUGCAGACAGGGUUGAGUGUGGACCGUCCAUGUGCGCGGGCUGUGAAGGUGGACUGCCCGUGCCCCAUGACCCAGAUCGCAGCACGGGGCGGUGUGGUGUGGGCCCUCAGCGAACACAGGGCCGUCUUCUACAGAGAAGGCCUCAGCAGCUACUGCUCUGAGGGGGAAAUGUGGAAGUACGACAAAAUCAGUGAGAGUCAAGGUCUGGAGCCCAUCUGUAUAGCCCUGGGAGAGAAAAACACGGCCUGGGCUCUGGACACCGGCGGCAGUCUGUGGUUCAGGACUGGAGUCACUGCCAAAAAGCCCCAGGGGGACGAUGACCACUGGUGGCAGGUGAGCAUCACAGACUAUGUGGUGUUUGACCAGGGCAGUCUGUUCCAGACUCUGAUCCAGGCCACUCAAAACGUGGCCACGGCCACCAAGGCUCCGGUGGAACGGGUAGCAGAGUGCCUCCGCGUGGCCUUCCUGUCCCAGCAGUCCCAGUGCCAGCCUAGCCUGGUCUCCUCCAACACCACUGGCGUCUGGAUUGCAUCUGGCAGGAACGACUUCCAUGUCGCCAAGGGCAGCCUCAGUGGUACAUUCUGGCAGGGUGUGGUACCCAGAGGAACCGUCUCUGCCACGAAGUGGGCCUUCGUCUACUCCUCGGCUUUACUCAGUAAAGAAGGGAGCUUCCUGUGGCUGGGCCAGAGCAGGAAAGACCUGUUCUGUGUUUGGGACCAGGAUGGUCAGAUGCACCCCACCACAGUCCAGCUGCCCCAGGACAUAGAGAUGGUGCAGCUCACUGCCUGCCGCGAUGCCCUGUGGGGACUGGACCUCCACGGCCGUGUCCACAUCCGCACCCUCUCCACCGGCUGCCCCACUGGCAUGCACUGGAAUCUGCUGGACCUCAGCCAGCUCGGUCAGGUAAGGCUGAUCAGCAUAUCAUGUGGCAGUCAGAAUGUGUGGGCGUGUGAUGGCUAUGGGAUGGUCUAUUUCCGCGUUGGCACGCAACCCCUCAACCCCAGUAUGAUGCUUCCUGCCUGGAUCUGCAUCGAACCACCAGAGCAGCCAGUUGGAGUGCACUUGAUAAGGAUCCACACCAGUCCCAAUGACCGCAUGCUGUGGGCCAUGGACAACAGAGGGAACGUACAUGUCCGCACAGGAAUCACAGACGAGAUGCCUGUCGGCACAGACUGGGAACACAUUCCAGGCCUUCCGGCCAGUCAGCUGGUGCUGAGUGUGAAGACAGUUUGGGUGCGUUGCCCCAAUGGAGAGGUGGCGAGGCGCUACGGUAUCACUGACAAGAACCCAGCAGGGGACUACUGGAAGAAGAUACCAGGUCUGGUCAACUGGCUGACAGUGACACCCAUGGACGAACUGUGGGCUGUGAGUGUGUCUGGAGGUCUGAGCCACCGGCUCACCAAGACCCUGGUGCACGCCGCCGUCAAGUCCCACGUCAACACAGGCUCCCUGAGUGGAGAGGACCUGGAGGAAGAGUGGGAGGUCAUCUAAAGAAGACAGAAUUUGCAUUCUAUUCCCUAUAUAGUGCACUACUUUUGUCUCGGAACCACAGGGCGCAUAGGGCUCUGGUCAAAAGUAGGGCACUAUGUAGGAAAUAGGGUCCCAUUUCCCAUGUCUCUUCCAACUGAAACAACCACUAUUAUUAUUCACUUUCACUACUGAAAUGGGCUGCAUUUCAUUUAUUAGUGGGCACUUUACUUACUGUGUAUUUUUUAUGUUAACCUCCUAUGUACAUAAUAUCUAAGAUUCUAUGGCAACUGCUAUAUGGUUAUGAUUCAGAACUGAGUGCACAAUGGCUCUGUGGACAGACAGGACGGGAUGAUUUUGUGUUACCAAGGGAACGGGGUGUGUCGCCCAGCCCUCUUUAUGCUGUGUUCAAGCAUUCUGAAGUGUCCAACCAGUGUUCACCGUUAACCUAACCCAACCAAUCCCUAUUGAAUUUGACUGAACUAAUUUAUUGAUAUAUUAGUUAUUUGAUUAUUUAUUUUUAUCUGGUGACAUUGUAGGAAGGCAAUUUGUUUUAUUUAUUCAUUUUAGUUAGUUUACACUUUAGUUGUAAGUGAGAAGGUUACCACACUCCAGUACACAGCUCUAGUCUAGACUUGCUACCCUGAGACAGCCUUUUUUUGUUUUCUUAGGAAACACCCUCUUCCAAAGGAACUUACUGUAGCUCUGGUGUUGUUUUUUACACAUUGAUCUAUUCCGAUUAAUACUGUAUUUACCACAGCACACUCAAGCCUUCCAAUAGGGUACCUUCGAUUAAAGACUUCGAACUGUUAGACCUCUAUUCCAGUUGAUCCACUGUCACCCAACUCAAUGCCACAGGAGUUAGAUAGGGCUAUGGUCUGUGAAUUAUGUUUGUAUAUUGUUUUAAAGGGAACUAUGAUGGUAGUAGGAAGGAGAUCCAUUUUUUUUUUUUUUUUUACUGUAUAUAAUAACACAGGUAAACAUGUGAAUGUAAGUACUUGAAUGGAGAAAUUGAUCACGUUAGGCACAGUGCAAGGGUACCAUAAAGUCAUCUCUGUGUAGGUGCUUACUGUGCACAGAUUGAUGCUUCCUUUUUUUACUGUGGAAUGCUGUGUGCUCACUAAGGAAGGGAUAUUAAUUUGCAGGAGUUUGAGCUGGGAGAUUUCUAACGUGUAUUUUGUAUAACUACCAGAAAGGGAAACUAACCAAUUAAUUUAUCCAGUCUUAUUACAGCUACUGUAUAUAUACGGGAAUCAUGCAUUUAAUGGUUGACAGACACUUUUAUCAAACAUAUUAACGACAGCUAAACAGCUUUGAAAAUAUAACUCAAUCACUGACUAGUACAUCUCAUAGCUUUGUGAAAAAGUUGGUUGGUGUUUGUGAAAAGCUAUUUGUGUGGCUUAACUAGUACUAUAGUACAAUGCUGAAUUAUGUAGCUAUAAUAUUAACAUAGAGAAACCAGGGUUACACAUUGACAUUAGGCAUACUACAUGGUAUCAUAAUGCUGCUUCUGAAUACUGUACUCUACAUCAGUGCCACUUAGUCGUUAGGGGUUUGCCAGUUCAAUUCACUUUGACAAUGGGUGCCUCCCAAAUGGCAACCUAUUAUUCCCUAUAUAGUGCACUACUUUAUUGUUUCAACAGUGGGGGAUCCUUCAUAAAAAAUAUCAAUAAUAAAUAGUUUUGACCAGAGCCCGCGCCCUGGUCAAAAGUAGUGCACUUUAUAGGGGAAUAGGGUGCCAUUUGAGAUGUUAAAAAAAUCUGAUGGGUCAUCAAAUGACCAAUGUUUUGGAAUAUACUGGACAGGUUGAAGUACUGUAGCCCCUCUUUGCGUCUAUUUCAUGGGAUGCACAGUACUGUAAGUCCACUGUAUGAAUCCAUGCCUCUCCUCAGUAUGAACUUCCUUAAUAAAGAUGUUUACAGUGA